CCCUCCUCUACACAGGUCCAAUCGCACCCCUUCUCCAUCCGUCAGCCAUACAGCGACAGCAGAAGUGCGAAUAAGCUCGGCGUAGCAAGACAGCAGCAGGGAGAGCAAACAGCAAAAGCGAGGGCAAAGCGUGCACCUAGCUCGUUCAAUCAACUUGCUUUCGUCCUCUUGCAACGUCCCCUCGUAAAGCAAGCAAGCAGGCAGGCAGACAAGCCUUCCUUCCUCUCCUGCUUCUCUUUCCGCGCCGCAGCGACGCCUUCUGCUCUCGGCAGGCGCACAUCGACGCAUCCCGCUCGCAGUACAGCUCCCGUCGCCGGGGAAGGGAAGGGGCUGGUGUAAGUUUACCUGCACCCCAAAAACCCUACAAGGGUACGAGUCGGGGGAAGGUGCUGCUGCUUAGAGUGCAGAAAAGAAGUACGCUGGCGAACCCCAGCACAAGGACCAGCCGACGAGACGCAGGCGAGGCGAUCCGGCAGCGCAUACCUUUCUGUGCAACGAUGGCAUCCACUGAACCAGAGGCGUCGACGUUGUCAGAGGCCGAGCUGCCGCCAGACAUUAUCGACAUGGACAUCUUUGGCCAGCUGCUAGAGAUGGACGAGGAAGACGACCACGAGUUCAGCAAAAGCAUCGUCUGGAACUACUUUGAUCAGGCCAAGACCACCUUUGAACAGAUGGAAAAGGCACUAGAGCAAGAGGACCUCUCCGAGCUGUCCACCCUUGGUCACUUCCUGAAGGGCUCGAGUGCAGCCUGCGGCGUCAUCAAAGUACGUGACAGCUGCGAGUACAUGCAGCACUAUGGCAAGCAGAAAGACGAGAAGGCCCUCGCCGAGCUCCCGCGCCCUGUCGCGCUCCACAAGCUCACCGAGACGCUGCGCGACGUCAAGGUGCAGUAUAAAGAGGCCGAGAAGGCGCUCAGGCGCUUUUACAAUGACGACGAGGAGCAGCAGCAGGCGGCCGCUGCUCUCGCGGGGAACGAGGUCAGCGCGCAGAAUGCAGCGAAGCAACAACAACCCGUACAUACGGCCGCAGCCAGCGAGCCGGCGCCAUCAUUGGACGACGCCACGGCUGCAGCGUCGCCCAAAGGGCCGGCCAUUGCAGCGACAACGGCAGCGUCGUCAUGAGAAUGGGCGGUCUGCACGUCCCAGGACGUGCCUGCGGGCAGCCCGAGACUAUUCCGGCGAGCGAGAGCGAGCGGUGGCACGGUUGGGCGCGGUACCGCACGGCAUGGAAGGAAUGGCAGGAAACAAAGAAAGAAAAAAAGAAGAAAAAGAAAAAAGAAAGCACGACGGAACGAAAGAAAGCAAGAAGGAAGGAAGCAAGUAGGAAGGAGAGAGUGAUUCACCACAUUUCGGCUGUGCUCGCGCGCAUGUCCGCAGGAGGGGGUACAAGCAUAGGCAGCAUAGGCAGCAUAGGCAGAAGCGGGCAGAGCAACUGAGCACUAUGCAUCACGUGCGUCGCGCCGCGCCCGCACACACCUAUACAUCACAUGACUACGACGCCGUGGAAAUGUACUCGAAUGACGAUGCGAGACGAGCUUUUUUUCCCUUCGUGGAGCGCAUGGCAUGGCAUCAGCGCUUACGGUGCAGGGUUUCCCGACUACGUGACGGCGUGUUAAGGCC